AUGGAAUCUUUUAGACGAACCUUCCGAAGCCGUAGGGACUACUCGGCCAUUAACCCAGUGUUGAAGUAUUUCCUUUUCUUUGAGAAUUUUCUAAUAUGGCUUGCGGGUCUUGCAAUGACAGCCAUUGGGGCUUACGUCCUUUACAUGAAGAAGAAGGUUGUUAAGGACGCGUUCGAUUUUUUCCUGGAUCCGUCCACAUUGAUGUGUACAGGCGGCGCUAUAGUCGUGUUCAUAACUUUCUUUGGCUGUAUGGGAGCUCUCAGAGAAAACACAUGCUUUCUCAAAACGUACAAUUACGUAUUGAGUUUCAUCUUUUUGGGAGAGUUGGUGCUUGUGAUCCUUAUUUUUGUGUUUUAUUACGUCCCCGAAUCUCGUCAUCAACUGGGAAUUUUCCCUCAAGAUAGCUUGAGAAAUGCAAUAAACAAAUACGGUGUCGUGGACGAUGAUGAUAUGGUCAGCUUAAUUGACAACAUACAAAAAACGUUGCAGUGCUGCGGUUUAGCUGACAGUGAGGAAGGUUAUAAAGACUGGAAUAAUAACCCGUACUACAAUUGCACGAAGCACAACCAAAGUCCAGAGGCAUGCUCAGUACCCGCGUCAUGUUGUAAAGUGAAACCGGGAGAGGAAAUAAACGUCUUAUGUGGUCGAAAAGUGAUGCAAGCAAGUGAAAAUGUAAGUAUCAUAAG